CCCUUUCUCUCUCCCGCUCUAUCUCCUAUCUUCUUCCUAUCUCCCUCUAUCUGCUCUCUCUCUCUCACACACAUUCCCCCUCUCUCACUGCAAUCCCUUCGGGUUAAAUCAUUUCACAAUGGCUCGCUUGAAGCCGGAGGACCCCCUGUCGGGCUGCGAGUGUGUGUCUGUCUGUCUGUAAGUGCUGGUCAGCCUGCAUUUCGCAGCCAAGCGCUGGAAGAGCCGCCUCUUCUCCUGCCACCCCAAUCACACCACCAGAUGCAUUUUUUAUGGCUUUCCGCGAUGUUUGGGCCCUGGAGACUGCUGUCUGAGAGGUAAUAUGUACUAUUGCUGCUCCUCAGUCACGUCUGACCAGGACUUAAACAAGAAAAUGCAGAUGUGGAUGUUACAGACGAUUGCAUUUGCUUUAACAUCCCUCGUUCUUUCUUGGGCAGAAACAGUAGAAUAUUAUGGAGAGGUUUGUGAAAAUUCGUGUCCUUGUGAGGAGCGUGAUGGCAUAUUAACUGUAAAUUGUGAGAACAGAGGAAUCAUCAGCCUUUCAGAAAUUACCCCUCCACGCUUUUCAAUAUAUCAUCUUUUGCUCUAUGGGAAUCUCUUAAAUCGUCUUUCUCUAAACGAGUUUGUCAAUUACACAGGAGCUUCUAUAUUGCAUCUUGGUAGUAACGACAUACAAGAUAUUGAAAUUGGGGCUUUUAAUGGACUCCAGGGUCUAAAGAGGCUGCACUUGAACAACAACAAGCUGGAACUUAUAAAAAACGACACGUUCCAUGGCCUAGAAAGCUUGGAGUAUUUGCAAGUAGAUUAUAAUUAUAUUAUCGCUAUAGAACCCUAUGCUUUUAUUAGGCUGCAUUCACUGCAAGUGUUGAUACUGAACGACAACCUUCUGUCCUCUUUGCCUAAUAAUCUUUUUCGUUUUGUCCCCUUAACUCACCUAGACUUGAGAGGGAACAGACUUAAAGUCCUUCCCUUCCUGGGUCUGUUGGAGCACAUGGAUAAAGUGGUGGAACUGCAACUAGAGGAGAACCCCUGGAACUGCUCCUGUGAAUUGAUUGCCCUUAAAGAUUGGCUCUACAGCAUCUCCUAUUCUGCUUUAGUGGGUGACGUGGUCUGUGAAACUCCUUUUCGACUUUAUGGGAGAGACCUGGACGAGAUCUCCAAACAGGAAUUAUGUCCAAGGAAAUUGAUAUCGGUAUAUGAGAUGAGACCUCAAAUUCCUCGGAGUACCAAUGAGUACUUCCAUACUACUCCAGCCUCAGUGAAUUCCGGUGCCACUCCCUCAUCUCAUGUUUACAAACCCCCCACGAAACCCAAAAGCACACGGCAGCCUAAUAGAUAUAGAGUAAGGACCACAUCACACCACCCUCCCAAAGAUACUGGAUAUAGCAUAAGCAUAGCUUAUCAGACCAAAUCCCCAGUGCCUUUGGAGUGUCCUACUAACUGCACAUGCAAUUUACAAAUCUCCAAUCUGGGACUUAAUGUGAACUGCCAAGAGAGAAAGAUAAACAGCAUCUCUGAUUUGCACCCCAAACCUUACAACCCCAAAAAGAUGUACUUGACAGGAAACUACAUCAGUUUGGUUCGCAGGGCUGAUUUCAUUGAGUCGACAGGAUUGGAUCUUCUUCAUCUUGGGAACAAUAGGAUAUCAGUUAUUCAAAAUAGAGCCUUUGGGGAUUUAACUAAUUUACGUAGACUGUACUUAAAUGGCAAUUCUAUUGAAAAGCUGACACCAGAGUUGUUUUAUGGGCUUCAGAGCCUUCAGUAUCUGUUCUUACAAUAUAACAUUAUUAAGGAAAUCGAACCAGGGACAUUUGAUGCUGUCCCCAACCUCCAUCUUUUGUUUCUGAAUAACAACCUCUUAAAAUCUCUGCCAGGAAACAUUUUCUCCGGAUUGAGUCUUUCACGGCUGAAUCUCCGAAGCAACCAUUUCUCACAUUUGACAGUGAGCGGUGUAUUAGACCAACUCAAAUCUCUGGUACAGAUCGAUUUGCAUGAAAACCCUUGGGAUUGCUCCUGUGAUGUUGUAGGCAUGAAAUUGUGGUUGGAGCAGCUAAGUGUUGGGGUGCUGGUUGAUGAUGUCAUCUGCAAAUCCCCAAAGAAAUUUGCACUAAAAGAAAUGAGAUCCGUCAAAUCUGAUCUUCUCUGCCCUGAUUAUUCUGAUAUCAAUGUCCCUACUCCCACCCCAUCCGACGUGCAACCCCUGGAGAGCACCACAACUUUGGUCCACCCCAUUAAGUUCAACAAUGUAUCCAGCACUGUGCCCUUGUCUGUGCUGAUUCUGAGCCUGCUCUUGGUUUUCAUCAUGUCGGUGUUUGUGGCUGCAGGCCUAUUUGUCCUUGUGAUGAAAAGAAGAAAGAAGAAUCAAAACGACCCAGCCAGCACCAACAACUCAGACGUGAGUUCAUUUAACAUGCAAUAUAGUGUCUACAGCAACAGACCCCUACCCAAAGUGAAGACCCCGGCAGGGCACGUUUAUGAGUAUAUCCCCCACCCUCUAGGUCACAUGUGCAAGAACCCCAUCUAUAGAUCGAGGGAGGGGAACUCAGUGGAUGAUUAUAAAGAUCUCCAUGAACUUAAGGUCACCUACAGAAACCACCUAGAAGAAGAGAGGGACAAUAAUCUCAGGAGUCCUAGCUACAGUGUCAGCACCAUCGAACCUAGAGUGGAGCUUUCUCCUGUACAAGAUACUGAUCGAGUUUACCGAGGGAUUUUGGAGCCGGAUAAAGGACCAUCGACGGGGAAUAAUAUCGAUUAUAAGUACAGCAACCCUGCUGCGUACACAUUUGCCCCCAAGUAUGAAGCAAAGCGUCAGUUCUUGCAUCCGGACAGGUUAAGGGAAGCGGUGCUUUACAGCACCCCUAGUACUGUCUAUGUGGAACCUAACAGAAACGAGUAUCUGGAAUUAAAAGCAAAACUAAACGUUGAGCCGGAUUACCUCGAAGUGCUGGAAAAACAGACAACUUUUAGCCAGUUUUAGACUCCUAUCUACAGUGUUAUCUGUGAAAUAAAGGACUAUACGACGUUUUUGUUGCUUCAACCUUCGGAUGAAGUGCCUUGGCACAAGAUUUUCAGCUGCAGAAAAUUAUACUGAAAGGGUGUGCAAUUUUUUUUUCUAGAACAAUAUCUAUUGUAUAAACUGGGCACAACAUUUACUGUUUGCAAGCGUUCUCCAGUGGUCUAUUUCUGCAGCCUGAGAAUUAUUGAGUUGGAAUCACUCCGGGUGCUAGGAGGUAUAUAUGAAAAAUAAACCACAUAUGCUAUAUAACCCUUCAGAUAAGGGUGGGUCUAAAUGACUUUUAUGGUGUUUUAGAACCCCCUCCCCUAAGUUUAAUAUAAAAGUAAAUUUUUACAGGAUGUAUUUGUAUGCUUUCUGGACUUUUGAAGUAAAAAUCUAAAUGAUGUACUCUACUACCAUCUUUAUGCAUCACCAUAGAUGGUAUAAACAAAAUACUUAAGUUCAAAGACAUAGAAUCCAUAACUUGGUUAGUCAAAAUAACUUAUUGUUGAAAUAUGAAAUAUUUUAAUGUAGCACCUAUUUUUAUAUGCACAUUAGCAUUUAUUUUUUUCUUCUUCACUAUUCCAGUCUUUGAUUUGCUCAAAUGUGUUGCACUACAUAAAAAAAGGACAUUUCUAGAGCAUAUAUAGGCUGAUCAUGUAAGAUAAAAAUUAAAAAGAUGACCAAAAUAUAUAGAGUCAAUCAAUUGGUCAUUGGUCAGA